GCAUGGAGGAGGGCGGCCGGAGCCCCCGGGAGGAGGCGGCCGAGCCGCAGGAGUCCGGCGGCGACGCGGAGCCCGGCGGCGGCGGCGUCGGGCGGCGGGGGCUGCUGCUCCCCCCCGGUGACCCCCCGCACCCCCACCCGCACCCGCACCGCAUCACCAACUUCUUCAUCGACAACAUCCUGCGGCCCGAGUUCGGGCGGAGGAAGGAGGCGGGCGGCCCCGACGGAGAGCCCCGGCGGCCGGGCGCGGAGAGCCGCCGCAGCCCCGCCGCGGCGCCGGCCCCCGGCGCUGCGCUGCCCGGCGGCGGGGCGGGCUCGCCGGGCCGGGGGGAGGGCGGCCCCGCCGGGCUGGCCCUGCACGGCGCCGCCAAGAAGGGGGGGGACCCCGCGGCGCUGGAGGCGGCCCUGAAGGCGCGGGGGCUGAGCGGCGGCGACCUCUCGGUGAGCUCGGACUCGGAUAGCUCCCAGGCCAGCUCCAACGCCGGCAACCAGCCCAUGCUGUGGCCCGCCUGGGUGUACUGCACGCGGUACUCGGACCGGCCCUCCUCAGGUCCCCGCUCCCGCAAACCAAAGAAGAAGAACCCCAACAAGGAGGACAAGCGGCCUCGCACCGCCUUCACCGCCGAGCAGCUGCAGAGACUCAAGGCCGAGUUCCAGACGAACCGGUACCUGACGGAGCAGCGGCGGCAGAGCCUGGCCCAGGAGCUCGGGCUCAACGAGUCCCAGAUCAAAAUCUGGUUCCAGAACAAACGAGCCAAGAUCAAGAAGGCGACGGGCAGUAAGAACUCCCUGGCAGUGCACCUCAUGGCCCAGGGGCUCUACAACCACUCCACCACGGCGAAAGACGGCAAGUCGGACAGUGAAUAGCCAAGGGAAAGGGGGGUGGGAGGGAAGCGAGGGAGGGAGGGGGGAGGCAGGGGUGGGGGGGCCGUUUGCAGUCAAAGUUUAUACAAUGCAAUAAUUUAAUUAAAAAAAAUAAAAAAGAAACAUAAGGGCCAGUGUAUAAAGAUUAUACCAGCAUUAAUAGUGAAAAUAUUGUGUAUUAGAUAUAAUUCUGCAAUAUUCUAUGUAUAUAUAAUUUACAGGUAAGGUGGUGUAAAAAUCCAAGAUAUCUGAUUAUAAUUUUUUUUUUUUUUUUUUUUUGGUUGGUUGGUUGGUUUUGGUUUCGGGGGCUUGGGCUUGUUUGGUUUCAUUGGUUUUUCUGGAUUUUUUUUUGUUGUUGUUUUAUGGAGUUUUUAGAUGCUAUCUUUAAGAUUUUUUUUUUUUUUAAGCUUAAGUUACUUUUUUAUAGACUUAAGCGCAGUUUUAAUGGACAUUGGACGCUGUUUUUUGAAAUUCAAAAAAAAAAAAAUUAAAAACAACUUUUGCUGAAGUCCAAAGAUUUUUAUUGCUGCAUUUCACAGGACUGUGAACCGAAUAAAUAGUUCUCCUAUUUG